UCCAAACCUUACACUUUGGUUGACACCAACGAUGGCCUUGAAACUGCUCUCAAAUCCCUGAAAAGUGAGAGUAAAGAAGGACAAAAUCUUGCCGUCGAUGGCGAAGGCGAUAAUUAUACCAGAAGAGGGACGAUGUCUUUGCUUGCUAUCGCAACAAGAGAUCACGUGUUCCUGUUUGAUAUCAUCAAGCUCGGAAAGCUCGUUUAUGAUCGCGGGCUCCGCGAGAUUCUGGAGGACCCCACACGCGAAAAGCUCAUGUUCGACUGCCGUGAAGACUCUGAUAUCCUUUGGCAUCAGUUCCAAGUGAAGCUCGACGGCGUCCUGGAUUUGCAGCUUUUGCAAAUAAUACAUAGUAAGAGGGACAACUCGGAUUUCUCGCCAAUCGGUCGAAAGCGAGGUGCAGUAGCAUUCUGCGAAAAGGUAUUUGGUCUAAUGCGUUGCCUUGAGGUUUAUACCAACGAUUUUGCCUCUAUUCAAACAAAGAAAUCUAUUGGCUCAACCUUUCCGCUAUCAACAAAGCAGUGGAUGAUCAGACCUUUACCCAGCGACAUGAUCAAGUACGCAUGCGUCGACGUAUCAACCCAGUUUACUCUUUACGAAAAAAUGAAAAUAGGCGAUCAAGACAUGAGGCGGUUAAAGGUGGCAUCGGCUCGUUACGUCGAUUUAAAGCGUUCGAUAAUCGCACGCCGUUACGACAGUUAUGAGAAAAAUGGGUACCUGCCAUUGAAUAUAAUACCUCCAAAGGGAUGUGUUGGUUUUUCGGCCUCUCAGUCCAAUGAAGGCCCCACGUGUACCGGUUGUCAACGGCGCUUUCCGCGGGGAGCAUUUAACGACACAGAUCUUAGCAAAGGAGAGCAAAAAUGUAAAGUAUGCUUGAGGGUGAAAAUGGAAACAGGGGACUGGAAGAUUAGGGGGAGGAGAUUGUAACGUGACGAAGAUAACGUGUAUAGUUGCUGCUACAUUGAUUUUUUUCUAAAAUUUGGUGAUGAUGACACUAAACCUGUGGUUGUACCUCCGUCAGUGAGGAUUUGUUGUCACCUGUGUCUGUUAAUUCGUCACCAGUCUAACUCAGUAUAAUUAUAGAUGGAUUUUCAUGAAGUCAGAAAUUGUAGAAGAGAUUAUAAUUUAGAUGUGAUUCGGAUCAACAUAAUGGUCAAAGAAGCUUAUAAAUGAUCAUGCAUCAUUUCGAGACAAGGCUUAUAACUGUUCACCAAAAAAUCACAAAAAAAAAUAUUUUUAGAUCAUUGGGCCACGAAUGUGCUCUUUACUAGCACAAUGGAUGUAGACUUCUUGGUGGAGGUCCAUGCUGCUCCCUUUUCUCGUUGCUAUGUAUUUUUUUAUUUCAAAGCAUCCUGCUCGAAUAGUGCACUGUUGCUAAUGGAAAGCUUAAAAAGUCCUACUGUUUAGGUUUAGAAAAUAUCUAAAGUUUUGAAAAGAUCAUUUAAUUGGAUGACAGAUAAUCUCACUUAGGUGAUAUAUCAUUUCUAAAUAUGAACUGAAUGUGCGUUUGAUACAUGAAUCGGUUGAGUUUUCUGAAAAUGUAGGCAGUAUUUUAUAAUCACGUUAGAACUAACGUUUAAACAUUUUACUAGUGUCAUUGUUACAGAUGUUUGGUGUCAAUAUAAUUAAAGGGAAAAACAACUCUUCACUUUGGCGGGAUAGUUGCCAUAAAACGGAUUUUCCUUGGGUAACCAAAGACAUUUAAAGUUAAUAGAUUGACAUUUAAAGUUAAUAGUUUUUUGUAGUAAUCUCUUAACGGGAUGAGAACUCUUUGUUCAAAGUUAGUUGAUUGUUUUCUUCAGACGAUUUUUGUAAUAAUCCCUCAAGGGAUAAUAAUUCUACAUUUUAAGAUUGAAAUAUUAAAUAUAUUAAGGAGGAUAGCCAGCUAUGAAGGUCCAAAUAGACCAAUGACAAGCAAAGAUGUCAGAAUAAUUGCUAUAACCACCGUUUUGGUGGUAAAAUGAAAUUAAUUAUAUUUCUGUGUGUUGUUUACAGUUUGUUUAAUAGAGUAGUUUGAAUCGCAAAUGAAAAGUUGUUAUCCAUUUUAUGUGUAAAUAUAAUUGAUUUAUGUUUUGUCGGUUUUUGCUUCAAAAUGUCUGCAAUAUUUGGUUGUAUGGUUGGCCAUUUGUUAAAAAAAAGGAUUUGAAAAUCAUUAUAUAUAUAUGUGCUUUUUAGCAUAAACAUGUGUGGCACAUUUUCAAUUAAAAGUUAUAGAAAUAUUUUAGAAAAAAAAUUGAUAUCAUUCAUGAAUUAAAACUACUCCUACAGCUCAUCCCUGGUGCAUGGUUCCUCUUGUAUAGUGCUACCCCCUCGUGGCAGGUUGAGAAUGUUUGCAACUUUCUGCAGUUUAUUCUUCUCACUUUUUGCUGGGAAAAGGUCCACUGUGGGUAAAUCUGAUAAAGGUAAACUUAGGUAUCAUGACAAAAUGUCCACAUUUUCAGAAAAAGAAACCCUCCAUUUGCAUUUGCUACCUACGGGCCUGGUAUCUUCUUAGUUCUGCUCGGCUUGCCUUAUUGCUCGUUGAUCUUUAAUUAAUUAAGAAGUUGAAUAACAUUUUCUUUUGUUUAAAGACUUCUUGGGACUAUACCUCACACCUGUAGGUUAGAAUUGGUUUCAUAAAUUUAUCGAAAAGUCUCACUGUUAAUACGGGGUGUGCUGUUUUGUGAUUUUCAAGUUGUUUCGAGGGAAAAUAAUGUCCUGAUAUCUUUUAGCUUAAAGUUUUCCAUGGCCUUUUUAAGUGAGCCUCAGCUUGUAAAUGUGAUUCAAACGUAAUCAAAUUCUUUUACUAUUCCAACAGUGCUUCCAUUUAUUGUGAACUUUAGAAAUGGAUGGAAAAUAGAAAUAAAAAAGCUUAAGCCAAAUGUAGGACAGCCUAUAUUUGUUUUCCUAUAGAAUUCUCGAAAAUGGAAUGUAAAUGUCGCUCGAGAUCGUGACCUCCAUUUACGGCUGCCAAAGGGGGGGAUGGGGGGAUGUUACCAAUCACAGUCUCACGAUAAAUACAGUGUAAAUAAAAUCAAAUAUCACCGAUAACAAAUAAUAAAUCGAUUUACAAGAUUAAACAUAAUCAAAUGAGUGCUGAUUUACAGCGUCAUGGUCAAUAAACUGACGUGUCUGGGUAGUGUGGAAUUGAUUUGAUAAAUCAUUGAUCACUGAUUUCACCCAUCCCCAUCCUCCCGUCACUUGGUGGGUUUUGGGGAAAUACAUUCUUGUUUGUGAUAUCAAUUAUUUACGCAUUCUUGUCUUUAUAAAGGAGUUGAGAUAUCAAUUCCCGACAGUCUUUUUCGAAGAACUGAUCAAAAGGCAGUAGGCUCCUGUAGUCCACGGGCAGUCAAGCGAUAGUCAUAGGCGUCGACGUAGCAUCGUAAAACAAGUUUUAGGGACACUGGUCUACAUUUGUUAUAAGGUGAUCUCAGAAAUCCGUGAUGUCCAAAAGUAAGGGACCAUCGGCCAGUUCACUUGGUGCACGUGGACCCAGGGCACAUGGUGCCAGAGAGUACAUGUACACUUUGGUUGACACCAAGGAGCGCUUAGAUUUAGCACUUGAAAACCUGCGAAGCGUGAGUAAAGAAGGACCGAAUCUUGCUGUCGAUGGCCAGGGAGUUGAUUAUUCCAGAAGAGGAAAGCUGUCUUUAAUUGUCAUCGCGACAAGAAAUCACGUGUUCCUGUUUGAUAUCAUCAGGCUCGGGGAGCUCGUUUUUGAUCGCGGGCUGCUCGAGAUUCUCGAGGAUCCCACUCGCGAAAAGUUGAUGUUCGACUGCCGCCAGGAUUCCGAUAUCCUUUGGCAUCAGUACCACGUGAAACUUGAUGGUGCCCUAGAUAUACAGCUUUUGCAAGUUAUGCAUAACAGAGGAAAAAACAACCCGAUCCCGUCGCCAUUCAGUCGAAAACGCGCUCGAAAACAAACUGUAGAAAAAACCUGUGUAAGAGUAGUUGGUUUGACGAGUUGCCUUGAAAAGGAAAAAAUAAUUAAUUCCGACGAUGUCAAAAGUAGGCGACAUUUUGAGAUGAGCUAUCUACAAGAUCUCAAGAGAUGGACCAGGAGACCCAUCCACGAGGAUACGAACAGGUACGCAUGCGAGUGUGUUUCAACGCUUUUUGCCCUGUACGACAAAAUGAAAUCGGAAAACAUAACUCAGCUGAAAGAAGCAUCUGGGCGUUACGUUGACCUCAAGCGUUCGAUAUCCCGUCGCAUAUAUGACGAUUUUGAGGAAAAUACAUACCUGCCGCUAAAUAUAAUAACGUAUACAGAAUAUGAUUUAGAUGAAGACCAUAAGCGUGAGCUCUGCCAAAGGCACUUUCCAUCUGAAGCGUUAAUGGGCAAUAGAAUUAAAAAGUGCAAGGUUUGUUUUCAGGUGGAAAGGGAAAAAAUAAGAAAAUUAGGAAGGAAGAAAGGAAAUCACAAGAACGAUGACAGUUAUUAUGGUUUCAUGUAUAUGUUACGAUAAGAAAGAAGUAUAUUUUUAGAGCACCAUGAUGUAUGUGCUAAUAGCAUUUUUAUACGUCGUUUCAAAGGUUGAGCAAUUUAGAGAAUAUCCAAAAUUUUGAAAAAUUAAGUCGAUUGGAUGGUAAUUAUUUCACUCUUGUCGAUACAUCUGCCUUUGUUAAUAUGUGUGCUUAUUCAUCUGACAAACCUAUCACGAAUUUAUUCCUGUAACCGGGCGGUUUUCCACAUAUUUGCCGUCAUUGCAUAUGCACAUGUAGAUAUAGCAGGCACAGAAAACGCAACAAAAUUAGGUACAACUAAAUUCCCCAUGUGCUUUUUUUUUUACCAUCCACAGCUUCUUAAAAAAAAACUUAAAACACACCAAAAACGAGUUUACUUUACUUAGAUCCUGUGUGCCAUAUGUCUAUCGUUGUGUCUCAGGCCU